AUGAUAACGGACAACCAACUUUACUCGCUCGCCAUCUUCCUCGGAAGUGCUGCCAUGCUCCUCAUUGUCCUAUACCACUUUCUGGAAGUCAAUUCGGAAGAAUAUCAGGAAGUCAAGAAGCCAAAGGGCGCAGCAAGCAAAGUCAAGGCAUGA